UUUGCGUGUUCAGUAGACAUCCAAUGUUCGGCAAGAGGCUGGGGCGAUAAGUGACACCAGAUCGGCGGGAGUUCGCGAAAGUGACAAUCGUAAUAAAUAAUAAUAAUUAUGAAUCGAAGGCUCCUUGUCGCUGGCACUAAAUGCCUGCAAAAGAUGGCCAGACAUGGCAGUAUACUUGCGUCAUCCCAGUUCUAGUAAUGAAGGCUAAUUGCCUGAACUAAAGAUAUAUUGCAUAUUCACCCAUGAUAUGUACGAGUACAACGUGGAUAAGAUGUGCACUGCAUGGAUACCCACUGGUUCCUGGCAUCAGUUUCAGGGUCUCCAUUGCCAGAGGUGCAUCAUUCCAUCAUCUAUUCGUCAUCUCCAGGCAACCAGCUACCUUCAGCGGCCGGCCGCCAGGGGCCUGCACUCGGAGCCGCCGCCGGCCGACCCGACCCGGCACCAGGCGCCCGACCGGCUCUACUCGCUGAUCGAGCUGGAGCUGCGCACGCACGACACGGCCGUGCUCGACGCCUACACCGCGUUCGUGAAGCAGGCCGCCGGCCACCUCAACGUCGAGCUCGGUCAGAUCUACGACCUGCCGCGCCACCACGAGCGCAUGUCGCUGCUCAAGUCGGUGCACAUCUUCGCCAAGCACAAGGUGCAAUACGAGAUCCGUACAUACUUCCGCGUGCUAGAGCUGCUGCGGCUGACAGGCAGCACGGCAGACACCUUCCUCGAGUACACCCAGCGCAUGCUGCCCGAGGGCAUCUCCAUGAAGGUCACGCGGACCGCCCGCGAGCCGGUGCCGGACCACCUGAGCUGCCGACCCGAGCAGCAGGAGCAGGAGCAGGACCGGCGCAUCCCGCGGGUCGUGCCGGAUGCGAGCGACGCGGCGCACCCGUCCGACGCUGAUCCGCCACGGUCGUCCGUGGCGUCUGCAGCCAAGUCAGGACACUGA